CAAAGAAAAGAAACUAUCAUCUUCUCAAGUAAUAAAAAAGAAAAAAAAAAGUAGUUGUUGUAGUUCAAGCUGAAGCAACAUUAUGAUAGUUAAUGCAAUAAAUUGCAUCAGGCAACGGACAAAAUGGUAUACAGGGAGGGGUGUCCUGCAAAAUAACUUAUAUAUCUUCUUCCAUAGGCCAUAAGGGGGUUGUUUUUGUUUCUGCAACUAAAACUACAGUACCCAAAAUCAUAGAACAUAGAACAUUAUCUAAAAUCAUCGACUUGAUUGCAAAGGGAAAUCAUUGUUAAAAGACAAACAAUCCAGAAGAAAAACCUAUAGUAUAAAUUAGAGAUACCACCGCCACAGCCAUCACCCGAAUGGUAAACAAAUACUACUAUUAAAAGAACUCCAGACACUCAUAAACAGCAGCGAUCCUGUGCUAUUCCUUUCGUCGUUAUCAUAUUCGUAACAUGGACAAGAAUAGGAUGCAUAUAUACAUAAUUAUGUAUAUAUAAUGCACAAAUUAACCCUAGAAAUUCUAGUCUUCUGAAUUGUGGCCCGUUUCAGAUAACUUUCUUGGCAUUCACUAUCAUCCAUCCAGUUUCCUCUUUGAUUCAAUACCACAUGUAAUUAAAAAAGCUAUGAUGCACGGACACGCCUGCCAAGUGGCGUGUCCGAGUCGACACGCGUGUCGGACACGGACACGCGUGGGACACGGGGGAUACGUCUUGGACACGCGAAAAUCCGUGUCCGUUUUUUUUUUGAAUUUCUUCUGUACGGACACGGGCCGUCUCACCCAGACACGGUCCGUUUUGUGAUGGACACGCAAUUACGGCUUUACAAGCCCAACUUCCUCCAUUCUCUCUGACUCUCUCACAUUCUCAAUUCCUCCAUUCACAAUUCACAAACCUACUGCCUUACUCAAGCUCCCUGAGUCCCAGACCGUCAGCCACUCACCGUCGCGCCGAUAACCGCCGUCGCUUCACCUGCUGCUGCUGGUCCAGACCGUCACUCAGUUCACCGUCGCUUCGUCGCCUACAGCCUACUCUCACAGAGACACAGACUUCACUCGCCGCUCGUUGUUCGUCCUCAGCCACCACCCCAGUGUCGCCAGCCACCAGUCCACCAGACCACCACCAGGUUUCAGGCUGUCGUUGUUCGUCCUCAGCCACCAGUCCACCACCCAGUACCGUCCGUCGCCACUCGCCAGCCACCAGUCCACCACCAGGUAAGGGUUAUGUGACUUCUGUCUUCUGUACUUUGUUUUCUGAAAUUCAAUUGCUGAAUGCUGAUGUUAAUUGUGAGGUGGAGCCGUGGAGGCAGUAUCACUGUAAUUCGCAAUUGUUAAUUGUUAAAUGUGAUGUUAAUUGUUAAUUGUGAUGUUAAUUGUGAGAUGGGUUCAGCUGUCAAAUUGUAUUGUGCCCUGGUUGCUGAAAUUGUAUUGUAUUGUUGACUCGCUGACUUGCUGGUUGCUGAAAUUGUAUUGCUGAGUUGCUGACUUGCUGGUUGCUGAAAUUGUAUUGCUGACUUGCUGGUUGCUGAAAUUGUAUUGUUGUGUUGCUCACUUUGUUGUGUUGUCUUGCUGAAAUGUGCUGUUGUGUUGCUGAAAUUGUCAGGAAUGUCUUCUAGUUCCUCUGCUUCAUGCAAUGUCAGUGGUAGUAGUAAUUCAUCUGAGUCAAUGAAAGACCUCUACCCUUUGUGGAAGUUUGUUGUUAAGGGUGAUAAAAUAUCGGGUGGUGGAGGAAAUUAUAAUUGGAAAUGUAACUUUUGCGGCGAAGUUAAAAAUGGUUCAUACACUAGAGUGAAAGCUCAUUUGCUAGGUGAACAAGGGAAAGGGAUUCAAACUUGUAAUAAAGUGAAAAUUGAUGACCUUGCUAAACUAAGAUCGCUUCAUCGUGAAUCCGAGGAUUAUAAAAAAUCUUUGUUACCAAAAGUUCCACCUUUUUCAAAUGAACCCAUAUCUUCUCACACAUCAACUGAAGCUACAUCAAUGAGACUAGGUUCAUUUGAUAAUGUAAAGAAGAGGAAAUCAAAAAAUACAAUUUCCGAUGCUUUUAAUGUGAAAUCUCGUGACCACUUGGAUUCUGAAAUUGCUAGAAUGUUUUACACAGGGGGGUUGCCUUUUAAUCUUGCUAGAAACCCUUACUAUGUUAGUUCAUAUACAAUGGCUGCCAAUUCUAAUCUCUCUGGUUAUAAGCCUCCUCCCGGAUACAACAAACUUAGAACAACUUUGCUUUGUAAAGAGACAGAAAAUGUGGAUAGGUUAUUACAACCUAUGAAAGCCACAUGGAAAACAAAAGGUGUUAGCAUUGUUAGUGAUGGGUGGAGUGAUCCACAAAGAAGGCCUUUGAUUAACAUUAUGAUUGCUUCUGAAACGGGUCCUAUGUUUAUGAAAGCUAUUGAUUGCUCGGGUGAGAUUAAGGACAAAGAUUUCAUUGCUACCUUACUAAGUGAGGUGAUUGAUGAAAUUGGAGAUCAAAAUGUUGUUCAAAUAAUCACAGAUAAUGCAAGUAAUUGUAAGGCUGCAGGGGAAUUGGUUGAGGGUAGGUAUCCUCAUAUAUAUUGGACACCAUGUGUUGUUCAUACACUUAAUCUUGCAAUGAAAAGCAUCUGUGCAGCUAAGAAUGUGUUGAAUAAUGUUGAAGUAUAUGAUGAAUGUCAUUGGAUAACGGAAGUUCAUGCAGAUGCCUUGUUCAUUAAAAAUUACAUAAUGAAUCAUUCGAUGAGGCUUUCAAUGUUCAAUAAGUUUUCGCCAUUAAAACUACUUUGCAUUGCCGACACUCGUUUUGCUUCAAUUGUGUGCAUGCUUAAAAGGUUGAAACUCCUUAAAACAUCACUUCAAUCAAUGGUUAUUAGUGAGAAUUGGUCCUUAUACAAGGAUGAUCGACGCGGGCAAGCCUCACAUGUAAGGGAAAAGAUUUUGGAUGAAAUAUGGUGGGAAAAAGUUGAUUACAUUCUUGAUUUUACACGCCCAAUCUAUGAGAUGAUUAGGGUUUGUGACACCGACAAAUCUUCCUUGCAUUUGGUUUAUGAAAGAUGGGACAUUAUGGUUCAAAAGGUGAAAGAUGCCAUCUACAAGAAAGAGGGUAAACUAGAUUAUGAACAAUCUACCUUCUUUAAUGUAGUUAAAGGGAUUCUUAGUAGUCGUUGGAGUAAGGGUAGUACUCCACUUCAUUCAUUAGCACAUUCUUUGAAUCCAAGAUUUUACACGGAAGAAUGGCUUAAUGAGGUCCCGGGACGAGUUGCUCCAAAUGCCGACAAUGAAAUUUCCACACAAAGAUUACAAUGCUUUCGAAGGCUUUUCCAAAGUCCCGAUGAAAGAUUCAAGAUCAACACGGAAUUUGCAAUAUUCUCACAAAAAUCAGAGGGGAUCUUUCUCAACAUUGAUUGCAUGCAUGAUAUGGCUUUGAUGGAUGCUAAAAAUUGGUGGGCAACUUAUGGUUCCCAAGUGCCUAUGCUUCAAGGUUUGGCUUAUAAGCUAUUAGGUCAACCUUCUUCCUCUUCUUGUAGUGAAAGGAAUUGGAGCACCUAUAAGUUUAUUCAUUCUUGCACUAGAAAUAAGCUUACUCCUAAACGUGCUCAAGACUUGGUAUACAUUCAUAACAACCUUCGAUUACUUUCUAGGAGAAGUGAAGAAUACACUAAGGGGAGAUCUAAGUUGUGGGAUGUGGGUGGAGAUGAGCAUGACAACCUAGGAGAGGUUGGUAUUCUAGAGAUGGCCGAGCUCUCACUUGAUGAACCCGAGAUGGAGAAUAUGAUUUUUGAUGAUGUACUUGGUGAUGGUGAAGAAUGAAACUAUUAGUACUUUUGUUUAUUUUAUUUAUGAUUUGUAAAACUAUUAUUAAGACAUGUAUUUGGUUUGAUGGUUUCUUGAUAUGUAUGAGACUACGUUCGUACACUUUGUUUAUUUACUUGUUUUAACAAAAUUGUGUGUUUUGAGGCUAAUUAUUUAGUGUUUUAUUGAAUAGGUUGUCAAGUUCUCGUUUUUUUGAUAUAUUAUAUGCCUUGUUAUAUGCCGUACCCGUGUCCCCUAUUUCGGGAUUGCCGUUUUCCCGUGUCCGUAUGGUGUCCGUGUCGGUAUCCGUGCAACAUAGUAAAAAAGCUUACAUUUCUCUGAUUCUCAAUUAAAAGAACUAACAUUUAAGCAUAGAAAUUCAACUUAGUUUGCAUAAACGAUUCCCAAAUUCAAUAAUUAAUCAUUAUAAAUCAUUAUACUUCGUAUUAAUUGAAACAUCAUUCUAAUUCUCCACUUCAAUCAAUUAAACACAAUUUAUCAAUCUCCAAAUCAAAUCAAAACAUCAUCUUAAUCAAUUAUAUCAUUCCCCAAUUCAAUCAAUUUAAAAC